GAUAACUUCUCCAGUCAGUCAAAACUCCCAUGUGCUUCUUGCGUUUUCACUCGCGAUUGGCGGACAAGGAUUGGAAGGCGCUCCGCUCUUUAGAAUAGAAUUGAUAAUUUUGAAGUCUUAUCCGCGAGACAAGAGGACUCUGAAACAGUCACAAUUCCGAGAGGAAUUCUGCAGUAAAGCACUUGGCAUCAUCGUGGCUUUAAUAAGUUCACCAAGUAUCUCUUAGCCAAGCAUGGCUUCCACCAAACCGGGAAGACAAAUUGGAAGCGUAUCAAGUCUGUCAGCAACACUGAUCACAACCAGAUCAACUACUAAUGGCCUCCUCAUCAAGCCUUUCAAGGACAUUCCAGGACCCAAGGCCUUGCCUGUGAUUGGCACCUUACACCAUUACUUCAUCACCAAAAAGUACAGCUUCGAGGACUUACACAAUAGCUGCUUAUCUAAAUACAACGAAUUUGGCCCAAUUGUCCGUGAGGAAUUCGCCCCUGAUAAUGUGGCUGUUUGGCUCUUUAACCCGGAGGACAUCCAGAAGAUGUACGAAACCGAGGGCAAAUGCCCGUCUCGUCGGUCUCAUUUGGCCUUGGAAAAGUAUCGCCUUGAUCACCCUGAGUCCUACAACAAUGGUGGCCUAUUGCCCACCAACGGGCCUGAAUGGAUGCGAAUUAGACAGGCCUUUCAGCCACUGCUCAAGCCUCAGAAGGUGGAGCUGUUCUUGGACCACAAUCAGAGGUUAUGCAACGACUUUAUCGCCAUGAUUCAAGAUAAAGACAAUUCGGUGGGGAUCCCGGACUUCCUGGAGGAGUUAAAGAAAUACUUUCUUGAACUCACGGGGUUGUUUUUCCUCAAUGAACGUCUUGAAGCAAUCGUUCGAGAUCUCGAUCCCGAUUCCACAGCCCAUCGACUCAUGGAAGCUGCCAUGAAUACCAAUGAGAACGUUCUCAAAACUGAUAAUGGUCUCCCGUUGUGGCGAUGGUUCGAUACGAAAGCCUACCGAUCCAUUUGCGAGGGUCAAGCCAUGAUCGAGUCAGUGGCCACCGAGGCAAUUCGACGGGGCUCCUUCCAGUACGAAAAUCAUUUCGAUAAGAAGGACGCCAUUUCAUUUGUGGCAGACAUGCUCUUGGCGGGGAUUGACACCACUUCAUACACCAUGAGUUUCCUGCUCUAUCAUCUCUCACAGAAUCCAUCCGUUCAAGAUCAGCUUGUUCAGAACAAGUUCGAUGAUCCGUCAGGACUCAAAAAAUACACCUACGGCAAAUGGGUCCUCCAGGAAUCAUUGCGAUUGAAUCCGAUUUCGAUCGGCAACGCACGCAUUCUGCCUACGGACCAAGAGUUUUCAGGUUAUCAUGUUCCAGCCGGAACGUGUUUGAUCUCACAAAAUCUGAUCGCCUCCCGAUUGGAGCAGAAUUUCGACUCGCCUUAUGAAUUUCGCCCCGAGCGAUGGGAGCGGUCCAAUCGCAAGCGAUAUCACCCGUAUCUGAGCCUGCCAUUCGGAUUUGGCAAACGGAUGUGCAUUGGUCGCCGAUUGGCUGAGCAGGGGACACUUCUAUUAUUAAAUAGUUUGAUGACCAACUUCCGAUUUGAGUGGAUAGGGGAAGGCGAGCUAGGCUUUCGGACCAAGCUUAUCAAUAAGCCAGAUCGACCGCUCUCUUUUAAACUGACCCAUUUGAAGGCAUUAUAAACAAAAGAAGAGUGACAAUUUCAAAGACAAUUCAAUUGUUUUUUUUUUAAAUUAUAUUUACUAGCCCUCCAUCUAUUGUAAGGGCGUUUUAUUAAUUAUUAGGAAGAAUCAAAAUUUCAAAAAUUUCAAUCGUGUGUUGCAUUCGAGUUCCCUAUUUUCUAAGGAAUCGGUAUAUCAUAUGCGUAAUAAUAAAAAACCAUCCUCUCCAAAAAAAAGAUUUCAAUCGGACCAAACCCAACAUAUACAAUUUGAAAUGAAAAAGUAGCAUUCAGUUAAUCAAUCAUCUCAAUUAUUGCUUACCGUUUUCCGGGGAGAGCUUAUCGAAGGCAUCUUCGUAGAGAUAGUUUCGCCGAACGAGGAUGUUGAUAGCGGGACCACUCAUGAAAUUGACACGCUCGCCCUGAUGCUCCUGUUUGUCACGAGAAACCAAAUUGGAAAAGACCAAUAUUCGUUGAGGAAACGAGACCGCAUACGGCAUUUCUCGAAGAAUCGUGGCCAAUCGAACUUCCUUGGUGGACAACGGAGGGCCCUCCUCCUCUGUGGGACAAAAAAAAACACCGUUGAAUCUUGAAUUUGAAGUAAUCAACCACGAACAAAUCUCUCACCCAAUUCCUCGCGGGUAAAGACCCGGAGUCCUUGGAAGGGACGAUACUGGCGAAGUCGAGAUCUUCGCAGAGAAAUGUCAUGAGGUCGGUCCAAGGGGAGGGUGAUAUGGUUACAAAUCCAGUGGUCGUCAGGGCAGAAUUGUCGCCGAGUGUCCCUCGUGUAGAGCUGUCGAACCAGGAGAACUGUCUUCU